CUAGCCACCACCAGUAGCAAGUAGGCACUAUAAGCACUAGGAAGUAGCUAAAGCAGUCAUAACCAUGGGUUCGCUGCCGCCGGUGGACGGGCAGAGACGCCCCCCACACGUUGUGAUGAUCCCGUACCCGGCGCAGGGCCACAUCACGCCGAUGCUGCAGUUUGCCAAGCUCCUCCAUACUCGCGGCUUCCACGUCACCUUCGUCAACAACGAGUUCAAUCAUCGACGCCACCUGCGUGCGCGAGGGCCCAACGCGCUCGACGGCACGGAUGGGUUUCGCUUCACCGCCAUCGACGACGGUCUCCCGCUCUUUGAAGCGGACGCCACCCAGGACAUCCCCGCGCUCUGCCACUCCACCUUGACCACCUGCCUGCCCCGGUUUAAGGAUCUCAUCGCCAGGAUUAACGCCGAGGCUGAGGCCGAGGGACAACCCACCGUGACAUGCGUCGUCGGCGACAGCACCAUGACCUUCGCGCUCCGCGCCGCGCGAGAGCUCGGCCUCCGCUGCGCUACACUCUGGACCGCCAGCGCCUGCGGCUUCAUCGGCUACUUCCACUACCGCCACCUCGUCGAGCGUGGUAUGGUCCCCCUCAAGAACGAGGAGCAGCUCACGGACGGGUACCUAGACACCAUCGUCGACUGGAUCCCGGGCGCGCCCAAGGACCUGCGGCUCCGGGACUUCCCGAGCUUCGUGCGCACCACGGAUCCGAACGACGUCAUGCUCAACUUCUUCAUCCACGAGACGGAGGGCAUGUCGCAGGCGUCGGCGGUGGUCAUCAACACCUUCGACGAGCUCGACGCGACGCUGCUCGCUGCCAUGGCGAAGCUCCUGCCGCCCAUCUACACCGUGGGCCCGCUCCAGCUGACGGUGCGGAACAACGUGCAGGCGAACAGUCCUGUCGCUGCUAUUGGGUCCAACCUGUGGAAGGAGCAGGAGGCGCCGCUCCGGUGGCUCAACGGCCGUGCGCCGCGCUCCGUUGUGUAUGUCAACUUCGGGAGCAUCACGGUGAUGUCCAACGAGCAGCUGGUCGAGUUCGCGUGGGGGCUGGCCAACACCGGCUACUACUUCCUAUGGAACGUACGCCCGGACCUCGUCAAGAGUGGCGACUCCGCCGGGCUGCCGCCAGAGUUCUCAGCUGCGACAGAGGGACGAAGCAUGCUGUCUACGUGGUGCCCGCAGGCAGCUGUGCUGGAGCAUGAUGCCGUGGGGGUGUUCCUGACGCACUCCGGGUGGAACUCCACGCUGGAGAGUAUUUGCGGCGGCGUUCCCAUGCUGUGCUGGCCCUUCUUCGCCGAGCAGCAGACCAACUGCCGAUACAAGUGCACCGAGUGGGGCAUCGGAAAAGAGAUCGGUGACGAUGUACAGCGGGGCGAGGUAGAGUCGCUCAUACGGGAGGCCAUGGAGGGGGAGAAAGGGCAAGAGAUGCUCCGGCGCGUGACUGAACUCAGGGACAGCGCCGUGGCCGCUGCAGGGCCUGACGGACGGUCUAUGCGCAACGUAGACAGGCUCAUCGAAGAGGUGCUCCUAGCCUAGAUUGAGCACUGGUGAACAUCAUAGCAGUCAUGUGUCUUCGCGUCUGGCACUCCAAUCGAUUCAAAUCCUUUGUGUUUUGAUGUCAAGCGUUUACUUUCGGUACCCAUAAAAGUAUUUUCUCGUACAAGGUGGUGAUUACACGCAAAGCACAUUGUUAUAAGUUCAGUUUGUAAGAUCUAUGGGUAAAACCAAGCGUUUUGUAU